UCGCGCAUACUAUAGAUAGUCGCGUUGUUUUACUUAUCAGGACGGAUAGUGAUGCUGAGACAGUCGUCAAUUAUAUUGUUGAAACACAACGCCUGUCUUUAACUAGUCACCAUUGACUGAGAGAAACGAUGAUGAGGGAAAGAUCAUGACGAGGUUGUUUAAGACCCACCUAAAAUUAUGUCCCAGAGAUUCCAUCGUCGUACCCUGCUGUCAGUCACACCGGAAGUUCGUCAGCAUCCGUAUGUCGUUCGACCAGUCUAUUGAUCAUUGUCACCAACAGUACCAAUAGCGGGCACACAAAGAUGGGAGAAAGAGUGUCAAAAUUCAAAACAAUUUUCUCCAUAGUAAGAGGCUGGAAAAAUGCGCUUGUGUUGGAUUUUGUGGGUAACGAUAAUAUUGGUUGGUAUAAAGGAUGUCUAUGGGCUACACCUUCGCCAGGAGUGGGAGAGCGAAGUACGUCGAUUUAUGACUGUCCGUUUGAAGAUGACCAAAAGGCCAAGGUAGCAGAGUUCACGGCCCGUUACCGGCAGCUGACGCGAGCACCAAGUGCAGCAAAAUGUCUGGAUGAAUGCGCGAACGGCAGAACUAGAACCUUUCGCGGCACCCUGUACUAUAUGGCUCCUGAAAUUAUGUGCAGAAAGUAUUACGGCAAAGAAGUAGACUGGUGGACGGUGGGCAUAACGACCCAUGCACUUCUCUAUGGUAAGUCACCUCUCCAGGUUAUGCAUUCGAGGUAUAACGAAGAAAAGCUACGGCAGACCAUAGGAGAUGGUUUUUCGCAGGAUUAUUUUAAGGACGUUAGCGAUGCAGCCAAAGACUUCAUGUAUUGGACACUUCGGGUCGAUCCGAUGUUCCGUUUAGGCGUCCAGCGACCGGGACAAAGCCCUAUGAAAAGGCAUGUUUUCUUUGUUGGAAUAGAUUUCAAAGCACUAUAUCUGCAAAGAAUACUGUUUCCCAGAUUUCCGUAUAUGCCUGUUCCACUCGAAUUUAUCGAACCAUCAAGGGAUGAACUUCGCUUUCAAACUCCUGCCAUAAAUAUAAAUGAUGAUGAAUAUGAUUGCUUCUAAAACACGGUUAGGCGAAGCCAGUUAACGAAAGUCUAUUGCAUAGUUUUCGCAUAGAUACACGCCGCCAUUUCAGCGCGACCAGGCGCCCCUUAGGGUCGUAAGACUGGUAAAAGGAAGGUAGACUUUUACGUGAGGUACAUAGCAAUUGCCUAAACGCGCCUGUGUACUUUCUGAAGCGGACGUUGUAUGAUUUGAAACAGGCCGAUCGGGUUUGAGACAAAUGAUUUGGUGAAGUUCAAUAGCGCUUCAGUACUCUAUCGAAGAAGUAUCAAACUCGUGCUAUCCCCGAAUUCUUAUGAUGUUUGAAAGAAGCUCGCUGGUUGUAAUA